AAUGAAUCAUUACUGACGUCAUAGUACUAUCGCUAUGGAGUUCUAUUGGUAGCAUGCAGCUGUCGCGACGUCAUUGUAUUUGACCUUGGCUUUGGCAGUCGAACAGCUCUCGUCAUUUCGUGUGUUGUUUACCUAUGGUGUGUCGAGCAUUUGGUGCCCAAUGUGCCCAACUGAGUGUAUUUUGAUUUUGUUGAUUUGAAAAUGAGGAUCUCAAUAUUUGGUUAGAUGAAUAUUGUCUGAGCUGACAGAUACUAAUUAUGUUUGAAGUCACUGAUGAAGAGAUAGGUAACCAGAAACCUGGAGAACCAACCAAUGAAAAUCAAAAAGAAAUUGAAAUGCCAGAUCAAAUGGAACUACUAUCUCUGCCAAGUGAAUUGCUUGAGUCAAUUUGUUUUUACUUAGAUAUGCAGUCUCUGUGCUCAAUAUCUCAAGUGUGUUGGCGACUUAAUAAUAUUCAAGAAUCUGAGACAGUGUGGAAGACAGCAUUUUUUAAAAGGUAUCCACGGCUGGAGCAGGGGAGUCACCAGCCUGAGCUCCAGUUGGCCUUGAAGCAGUCAGGGGACAGAUGGAAACAGCUGGCAGCCUGGCACGUUUCUCUGGGCGCAGAGAUCUGUGCCAUGCUGGACGAAAUGGGCAACAAGUACUUCACCAUCGGCGGCCUGCCAGACCCGGCCAUGCAGGAGAUGAAGGAGCUGGUGUCCAGACACUGCACGGUUCUGGUGAAGGACCAGCUGCUGGACGUGCUGGACACAGAGCAGACUGACGGGUUCGAGCACAUCUCGCGGCGGCACUACGCGCGCAUGCUGUACCGCGAGCUGCACCGGGACGGCGUGCUGCUCCCGCUGUUCCGCGAGUUCAUGCAGCGGCCCUCGGAGCACGUCAACAUUCCCGAGGCCACCCACCUGAUCGACCAGUGGAUCACGCCGGAGCGGCGCCGCCGCAACGCCUCCGAGCUGCAGCACCACUACCAGCACAUCGCGGCGCUGUGUCUGCGGCAACUGCGCGCGGCGGCGCCGCACCACCCGGCCGCCGCCUGGGCGCGCUGCAAGGCCGACCCGUUCGGUCAGACGCUGUGGAGCGAGGCCGACGUGUUGGUCGUGCUCGACGCCGUCAACGCCGUACUCUACGACCAGCUGGACCUACUGGGCGACCAGGACGGCCGGCCGCGCACCGGAUACGCCGCCGUGGCACACCAGCUAUUCUGCGGCGUGGACGCCGGCGACGUGAACCCGCGGGCGCUGCUCUCGGCACUGUACGCCACCGUGGCCGGUCUGCUCGGCGUCAACAUGUUCCCCGUCCGGUUCCCCGGCAACAGCCUGCUCCGCUGGCAGACCAGGGACGGCUCCGACAGUCUGUUUGUGUCGGUGAUGCGCGCCGGCCUGCGUCAGACCCGGGACGAGAUCAUGGCCAACCCGUACCUGCGCAUCAGGAACGUGGGCCACGAGUCGUUCGAGCCCAUCCCGCGACACGAGCUGCUGAACCGCCUGGUGGUGGGGAUCAUGGCCGGCCACCGGACCGCCCACCUCACCGACGCCGACCUGCUGUCACUGAACGCACUGGCCGUCUGGUCCGAGACCGACUGCCGGCUCGGCUUCCCGCUGCUGCACGAGCUUUCGGAGGUGUUCGGCGGCAUCCGGCCCAUGUACAUUCACGACCUCACUCAGGAGUUUCUGGAGCAGCACGACGGCACGCUAUCGGAGGAGGAGCGGGAGGGACUGCGUGACUCCAAGGAGCUCAUGAAGCAGCGCUACGAACAGAUCCUGCAGGAGCUCCGUAGACACAAGGAGGUGGUGUGCCUGCGCCGCAACGCGGCGCCGGUGCAGCGGCGGUUCCGUGUGGGCGACAUAGUGCGCCACCGGCGCUACCACUACCACGCCGUGGUGGCCGGCUGGACCGAGCGGUGUGACGCCACAGAGGGCUGGAUCGAGCAGAUGGGCGUGGACCGGCUGCCGCUGGGCCGGCACCAGCCCUUCUUCAACGUGCUGGCCGAGGACCGUACCACGCGCUACGCCGCCGACGAGAACCUGGAGCUGGCGCCGGCUCCUCUGCCGAUCGGACACCGCGAGCUGGGCCGCUACUUUGUCCGCUACGACGGCCGGCGGUACGUGCCUCUGGCGGCCGUCAGCGAGCGGUACCCGGACCCGCCGCCGCCGGACGCCGAGGACGGAGACGGCGCGGCGGCGACAGCGGCGGGGCGUGGAGACAGCGGAGAUAGCGGCGACGGCCCGCCGCCCGGGACGGACGGGGACGGGUCCGACGGAGAUGUACGGCUGUGCCGGUCCGACGGAGAUGUACGGCUGUGAGCGGCGGCGGCACGGUGGGACUGUACCGUGGCGCGGUCAGCAGUGGUGGUGUGUCCGGCUGGGGAAGGCUCGGAGUCGGGGCUGGUGCUGACAGGUUGAGAUGUGGACGCCUGAUGCUGAGCUCUGACAGCCGCGGGGAUCUGAUGCUGGUGCUCGGACUGCCGAUAACGUUGGAUGGCCAGCGUGUGACGGGACAGGCUCCCGGUUCGUGGACUGGGUGCGUUCGUGAGCGGGGGUCGGGCCGACAGCUCGUGACGCCGGGCGUCAGUGCGAGGCGUGUAGAGCGAGCGUGCGUGACGGCCGUGUGCGACGUGCAUGUGUGCCGCCGGCUGCACCGGACCGUGUGUCUGCCGGCUGCAGGAGGCUGUGUGCGUGUGUGUCUGCCGGCUGCAGGAGGAUGUGUGCGUGUGUGUCUGCCGGCUGCAGGAGGCCGUGUGCGUGUGUGCCCGACGGCUCGGACCGUGUGUCUGCCGGCUACAGGAGGCUGUGUGCGUGUGUGUCUGCCGGCUGCAGAAGGCUGUGUGCGUGUGUGCCCGACGGCUGCAAGGGUACGGACCGUCUCUCGGUCGAUGGACCUCAGACGCUGAGCCUUUGCAUACAUAUGUACAUCCCGCGUGGCAUUUGAAGCGUACUUGUAACUUCAUCCUUGCAAUGCAACCUGCUGGACAGGUUUAAAGUAACAUUGAAUAGCUAUGCGUUGCUUCACAAAUGAAUGUGUUGAUUAUGAGGACGACUGUGUUACUAAUUCAUGUUUAUAACUAAUCGGAACUCUGAUGUUUCCAUCGUGUGCAACUGUAUGCGUGUUUCUAACGCGUGGCCGUGUUACGGCGCUUUCGACUCGCGUCAUCUAGUCGAUCAUUCACCAAUGAAGCCGGUGCCUUUCUCCGAGUACGAGCGACUGUUCGCGCCUCCCGUUCGCUCCGCGGCGCCGAUGUGAUUUAUUUGGGGGGGGGGGCUGUGAUAUGUCACGUCUUACUGAGCGUAUCAGGUUGAUCCAGCCGCCCCGAGACGGGAGAGCCCUGCAGAGGCCGUGGGCGUGUACUGCUGUCCGGCCCGGCCGUCCCGGCGACGGUACGAGACGCGCCGAUAGUCGGGAUGUGACCUCCGGUCCCUCCAGGAGACCGUGGAAUAUCGCGGCACUUAUACCGCAUUUGAAACCAAUACAUAACGCCUUUUUGAA